AUGACUUCAAGUGAACAAACAAAAGCAGUUGCACCCGAUUUGACUGUCGAUCAAAUGUUAAUUGGUACUGCGCCUCCUGGUUUUCAAACAGAUGUCAACAAUCUUAUCUCAAAUCGUGUACAUGUUGCCGAAAAUACGUACCCAUCUCAAUGGGCUCCGUCUCUCGAUAAUCAAGGCGGAGCGCUUAGUUCCGACCGUGGUACUCCUCAUCUCCCGGACGGCUUUGAUUUGACCGACGAUGAUGGUGCGGAUCUUACAAUUGGUGGAACUGGUGUUCGCGGCCUGGGUGAUCAUGGGUCGACUGAGUCAGGUAAUGAGGUGGCUGCUGCUGCUGCCUUGGCUCACCACUUUCGGGGCUUAUCUGUUUUUGAUGCAUCUCGAACAAACCACAUCUGGGCUGUUGGUGCGGAACGUAAAAGUCAAAAUUCGGGAGAUGAGUUUAAUACAAGCUCUGGCGAUGUCACAAAUAUCUCCAUUACUUCAAUGAGCUCUGUUACUCCUGCACAAAUUGGCAGUAUUGCUUCCCCACAAACAUGUGCUGAAGGCUCUAACGAAAGUGGAAUAUUAUCUGCCUCCGCAACGGGACCUAUGCCCGGAAUUGACAUCCAUUCUCUGUGGGCAUCAAGGGGACAGCCUCGACGCACAUGGAUUACUGAUCGUCUGUUUGGUUCGGAAGAUAGUACUGAUCCUCAAAAAAGGGGUAGAAACGGAGAUGAAAGCCAGUCACUAGAUGAGGCUGCUCCUGGUAAGCUGUCUGACAUCAAUGGAAGUGCCUGGGAGUGGGGAGAGUCACUACUUAAUACUUCUUCAUGGCGUGCACUUUAUGACAACAGCACUACGGAAACGAGGUCGUUCAGUCAAGUUGUUGCUGAUGAUGUUCACCAGUCUGCACCGUCAUCUGUAUUUCCUGGUCUCUGGGCGCCAAAGGUUGACACCAAUAAUUUCUCUCUGCCACCACAAAUGAAUAUGAGUUCAAGUUCUCAUGAUGGCACCGCGGAUUUCGCCGUUGGUGAAGGCGUCUUCACAACUGCUUCAAGUGCAGUGCCACCUAGUGACAUUGAUGGGAGUGGUAGGGCUGGGCUUUACGGUUCCUUAUUUGAGAAGAAAUACGGUGUCGGUGCAAGCAAUGUGUUUGGUGUGCCACUUGGUCAGUCGUUUUUACCGUUUGAUACGACCAAUGGAAAGCCCACCUUUGGAUGUAAUAGUUCACUGGCGCCACCGUCGACGGGGCUGUCGCCAGUCAGGAACCUCUCAGGUUCGACAACGCCAACCACUACACCGGCAGUCACAAGUAGCAAUAACGAGGCCUCACCGGAACCAAUCUCAACAGUUCCGCCGACUCAUCGCCCCACACAGCCGUCGUCAAUGUGUCCGUCUAUGCCUCUUCCACCCCAGGUGGAUCCAAUGUCAAUGGCCAUGGCCAUGUCUAUGUUCAUGCAGCCUCAAACCGCCGCCACUCCGGCACCGCCCCCACCACAUUCGAACUCGAGUGUUCCGACACCACCAAAUGCUUGGAACCCAUUGGUUUUCAAUAUGCUUAUGCAACAACUAGCCUCAGCUGCCCAGAAUCCCGCUGCGGCGGCUGCAUUGGCUGCUGCGACCGUUUUUCCACCAGCCUUGCCACCACCACCACCUCAUCCCCCAUCGCAGGCCGUACCUAACACUCAACCUCAGGCACAACCCCAGACUCAGCCGCCGGCUGACCUAUCAGCUGAUCAGACCCGUCUUGCAGCUUGUGUGUUUUUUCAAAUGCAUCAGCAAAUGCUUCUCAACCAACAACAACAACAACAGCCGCCUACUUCACCAAGUCAGCAACAACAGCAAUUUGCUCAACUAGCACUUCAAGCCGCUACAGCCGCAGGAGUGAGAGGGGCCGGCACUGCUGGACAAGUCAGUGGAGCACUGCCAGCACAACAAGCUGCGAUUACGCCAUAUGGGCUUCCUCAGAUGGGGAUGCUUCAACCUACGGGCCCUCCGCCGCACACCGGCGGCUCUCCGCUAUUUCCUCCAGGUGCCAACGUUUCACCAACGGCUGGAGGCCCAAGCGUUCCCUCCGCACCCGCGCCACCACCGGGGUUCGCUCGCGUUGUUGCCGCUGCUGCGAAAAAUUUCAGUUCGGGCGCAUCGAGUUACUCCGGUAUCGAGAAUGGCCCAUCUUCGGUGCCUGGCAGUACGGGAGGGCCGGUUAGUAGAAGUCAGUUACUGGAGGAAUUUCGAAAUUCAACGGCUCGUUUCCAGCACAUUCAGCUCUCUGAACUUCGUGACCACAUUGUAGAAUUUGCACGUGAUCAGCACGGCUCGCGGUUCAUUCAACAAAAACUCGAAUCGGCCACUGUUGAGGAGAAAAAUAUUGUUUUUGAUGAAAUUCUUCCCCAGGCUGGCAAACUCAUGGUCGACGUAUUUGGUAAUUAUGUAAUACAGAAGUUCUUCGAAUUCGGAACUGAUGGUCAAAAAGAUCUCCUGUCACAAUGUCUGCAUGGUCAUGUUGUGGAAUUCGCGGUUCAGAUGUACGGUUGUCGAGUGAUUCAAAAGGCUCUAGAGUCAGUUCCACUGGAGUCGAAGAUUCGCAUAAUCAGCGAGCUUCGCCCCCAUGUGAUGCGUUGUGUGAAGGAUCAGAACGGCAAUCAUGUGAUCCAAAAGUGUAUCGAAUGUGUUCCCUCGGCAGAGUUGGACUUUAUCAUUACAACGUUUCGUAAUCAGGUCUUCGCGCUAUCAUCUCAUCCCUAUGGCUGUAGAGUGAUCCAACGCAUUCUAGAACACUGUUCAGCUGAACAGACGCGCCGAAUUCUAGAUGAACUCCACAAAGGCGUUGACAACCUUGUCAAAGACCAGUAUGGAAAUUACGUUGUCCAGCACGUUCUGGAACACGGAUCGCAGGAGGACAAGUCGCGUAUAAUCAAUAGCCUUCGAGGACGUGUGGCCGGUCUCUCAGCUCACAAAUUCGCAUCUAACGUGAUGGAAAAGGCCAUCGCCAACGCUACCCCGAUCGAACGUUCCUCUCUCAUAAACGAGGUCUUGGUAUCCACCGACGGCACUGACAACGGACCUGGCAGUGGUGGUGCUCUUGUCGAAAUGAUGAAAGACCAGUACGCCAACUAUGUGGUUCAGCGCAUGCUCGAACUCGCUGACAAGCAGCAGCGUAAUUGCCUUAUUACCCGUAUCCGUCCCCUCGUUGGUACUCUGCGCAAGUAUAACUACGGGAAACAUAUCAUCACGAAGCUGGAGAAGUACAGUGGAUGUAGCGGAAGUGCUUGCACUGGCGGAAGCGGAAAAAUGGGCCUCGUUCCCGCCACCACUGCAUCCAAUGACCACGUCAAGUCUGCUUAG